AUGAGGGUGGUCCGUGGCCUGGAUCCCUUGCUCUGCCUUCUGCUCCUCGUACUCCUGGACCCCCACAGCACCGAGGGGGGCCAUCUGCCUCAGCGAAGAUUUGAGUACAAGCUCAGCUUCAAAGGACCGAGGCUGGCAUUGCCUGGGGUUGGAAUACCCUUCUGGAGCCAUCACGGAGAUGCCAUCCCGGGCCUGGAGGAGAUACGGCUGGCCCCAUCCAUGCGGAACCGGAGUGGCGCUGUCUGGAGUACAACCCCCGUCCUCUUCCCUGCCUGGGAGGUGGAGAUACAGAUGAGGGUGACCGGGCCGGGGCGCCGGGGAGCCCAGGGCAUGGCCAUGUGGUACACCCAGGGCAGGGGCCAGGUAGGCCCUGUCCUGGGGGCGCCGGACCUGGGGGACGGCAUUGGGAUCUUCUUCGACUCCUCAGCCCAAGAUGCCCAGAACAGCCCUGCCAUCCACGUGCUGGCCACAGACAGACAUAUCCUCUACGAGCCGCUUGGGGAUGGAGGCAGCCUGCUGCUGGGCUCCUGCCACCAGGACUUCCGGAACCGGCCGUACCCCUUCAGAGCACGGAUCACCUACUGGGGGCAGAGGCUGCAUGUGUCCUUGAACAGCGGCCUCACUCCCAGCGACCCAGAUGAGGUCUGUGUCGAAGUGGGGCCCUUGCUUUUGGCCCCUGGAGGUUUCUUUGGGGUCUCGGCGGCCACGAGUAUCCUGGCAGAUGACCACGACGUCCUGUCCUUCCUGACCUUCAGUCUGUGGGAACCGGGUCCAGAGCCUCCCUCACAGCCCUUCCUGGAGAUGGAGCAGCUCCGCCUGGCAAAGCAGCUGGAAGGGCUGCGGGCAACGCUGGGCCUGGGCACCAAGGAAGACAUGACUCCAAAGCUGAACUAUGGAGUCCAGGAAGAUGGGGAACAAAGCUCCGGCCUGGAGGAGACACUGCACAGACACAGCCAGAUCCUGCAGGCCCUCCAGGGCCUCUCCAAGCACUUGGCGCAGGCUGAGCGGCAAUGGAAGCAGCAGCUGGGGUCCCCAGGCCAGAUCAGGCCUGAGGGAGGCUGGGCCCAGGACUUCCCCUGCCAGGCUCCACCCACCCCUGAGAGAGGUGGCUCCCUCUCCAGGCCACUGGGCAAGAUGGACUCAGCCAAGGUCAGCGCCCUACUCCAUGGACAGCGGACUCUGCUGCAAGACCUGCAAGAGAUGAGAGAUGCAGCUGCUCACAUGGCCUCAAGAGCCCAGGUCUUCUACCUGCCUGUGGGCACCAAGCACCAUUUCUCAGAGCUGACCCAGAUCCUGAGCCUCCUGCAGAAGGACCUGCGGGGCCCAGCGAGAGCAGCAGCCAAGGACCCUCGCUCACCUGGCAGGUCCCCAAGGGUUUCCUCGUGCCUGCAGCCUGGCAUCUUCCUGUUCUUCCUCCUCAUCCAGACUGUAGGCUUCUUCUGCUAUGUACACUUCAGGUGGAAGCUGGACAAGGGCCUUCAGGACUAUUUGUCCACAUGCAGCCUUCCUCUGAGUUCUACACCACAAAUCCCCAGGGUCCUGGGGGCUCUUCGGAGGCAGCCCUUCUCCCCCAGCAUACAGGCGUGA